AUUUCGCGUCAGUUGCAAACAUUGAGAGGAGGUUCGCAGAUUCGCAGUUUCGCGUAAGUUUUUAAGCGCGGAAUUCUGUGAUAUUUCAUCUGAAAGUUCGCGUUUAGUUAGGACCAGUGGAGAUUUAAGGUUGAUGUAACAUAACAAGGAUCGGUGGGCCGUUAGGUAUUUCUUAAUCGGAUCUACGGAGUUGAAUCUCUGUAAAACAUAAUCAUGCCACUGUAUGGAAAUAUCGUGGUUAUUAAACGCAAUGGCGCUGAUGGAGCUAGGUUUCCACUCACAAAUACAGAAUGUCUUCUUGGAAGGAUGAAUGAUUGCGACAUUCGUAUUCAGUUGCCAAAUGUAUCUAAGGAACACUGUAGAAUAGAUGUAAAUCAAAAUGAUGAGGUAUUUCUAGCUAACCUGAGUGGAGUUAAUCCAACAUUGUUAAACAAAAGGGCAGUAUCGGGACAGGAACAGAUUAAACACAUGGAUGUUUUCACAAUUAUUGAUAGAUCGUUCAGGUUUGAAUAUCCAGCAGGAUCUAGGCAUCGUCUAACUCCUAAAAAAUCUACACCCGGUAAGAAACCAAUGCAGAAUACAAAUGCUGUGUCUUCACCCAUUGCACCACCACUCAAAACACCAGCCAAGACACCAGCCAAGGAGUCAAUUAUUACUCCACCAUUGCCCGCUGCUACCAGAUCUCCAAGUCCGAAAUCAAAGACUAAGAAAGCUAGUGAAUUGGGGAGUGAAAAGAACAGCAAAAGCACCACUCCAGUCAGAGUAGUUGGUUGUAAUUCUCCCAAAUCUAAAAUCAUGACACUGUCUAAAAUCCUAUCUGGGAAAUCACCAAAAGUAGCAACACCUAAACAAGCAUCACUGCAGGAAAGAAUUGUCAAUUCCACACAGCAAUCUCUGUCAGCAGCAGAAUCUAAGAAGGCUACUCCAUCAAAGCAAACUCCUUUACAAGUCAAACGACUUGGCAGCUCAUCUAAGAAGAGUGGCUCUAAGGCUCCCCAGGUUGACAGUCCUCGUCUUCCAACCAGUACCACAUUAAAGAGUGGCAUCAGCAUUCUCCGAAGACGUUCUGCUCCAGUGCAGGAAGUUGAUGAGCAUGUGCUUUCUCCAAAACAACAGAAAAAGUCUCCCAAAUCCACACUAAAACGAGCAUCUCCAAAGAGUGUGAAGCGUUCCCCUAAACCUUUGGUUAUCAAGCUCUCUCCAAAAACCAUGCCCAAGGCAGUAAAGUCUCCAAAGGCUGUGAAGUCUCCAAAAGCCACGCCAAAGGCUGUGAAGUCUCUAAAAGCCUCGCCAAAGGCUGCCAAGUCUCUAAAAGCCUCGCCAAAGGCUGCCAAGUCUCCAAAAGCCUCGCCAAAGGCUGCCAAGUCUCCAAAAGCCUCGCCAAAGGCUGCCAAGUCUCCAAAAGCCUCGCCAAAGGCCGUGAAGUCUCCAAAAGCCUCGCCAAAGGCCGUGAAGUCUCCAAAAGCCUCGCCAAAGGCCGUGAAGUCUCCAAAAGCCACGCCAAAGGCCGUGAAGUAUCCGAAAGCCUUGCCAAAGGCCGUGGUGUCUCCGAAAGCCUUGCCAAAGGCCGUGGUGUCUCCGAAAGCCUCGCCAAAGGCCGUGAAGUCUCCGAAAGCCUCGCCAAAGGCUGUGAAGUCUCCGAAAGCCUCGCCAAAGGCAGUGAAAUCUCCGAUAGCCUCGUCAAAGGCUGUGGUGUCUCCAAAAGCCUCGCCAAAGGCUGUGAAGUCUCCGAAAGCCUCGCCAAAGGCUGUGAAGUCUCCGAAAGCCUCGCCAAAGGCAGUGAAGUCUCCGAUAGCCUCGUCAAAGGCUGUGGUGUCUCCGAAAGCCUUGCCAAAGGCUGUGAAGUCUCCGAAAGCCUCACCAAAGGCAGUGAAGUCUCCGAAAGCCUCGCCAAAGGCUGUGAAGUCUCCGAAAGCCUCGCCAAAGGCUGUGAAGUCUCCGAAAGCCUCACCAAAGGCCGUGAAGUCACCACAGAGUGCAGCAAAAAGAAAAACUCCUUCAUCAGGACAGAAAAGGAAGUCAGUUGGUAGUGUAGCAAUGAGUUCCAAACGCAAAAGAGUAUCAUUUGGUCCCCAGCUGAGUCCUGAGCAUUUUGACAAGCGACUACCUCCAAAUACACCGAUUCGCCGUGGAGCUUUGGCACCUUCCAGUAGACGUAAAUCCACUCCAUGUAAAUCUCCCAAAAUGGGCACACCAGUAAGGCGUGCCCGGUAUUCAAUUGCAGCUACCCCUGUAACUGCUACAAUUGCUGAAGAAUCUCCAAAAACUGGAUCAGUAAAACAGCAGUCUCCCAAGAAAAUAACACCUGUGAAAAAGGCAUCAAGCCCCAAAACAUCUCCCAAAGUCAAGUCUCCCAAGAUAUCUCCAAAUAAGAAAGCAGCGAGUCCAAAGCAGUUGCCUAAAGCAAAGUCACCAAAAGCAUCUAGUCCUAACAAUUUAACUCCAAAGCAGCUCAAAAAGCUGUCGCUUGUCAGUGAUGCUAGUUUCACUGGUGUGGCACAAUUGUUCAAGACUCCAUCACCAGCAAAAGGAAGAAGAGUCAGUGGUGGUAAAAUUGUAAAGCCAAAAAAGACUCCCACGCCCAAAAAAUCGCCAAAAUCAUCCCCUAAGAAGACUCCCACGCCGAAAGCAUCUCCUAAGGCUCUAUCAAAACCAGUAACUCCAAAAUCUGUGAAGAAAGCAGUCAGUCCAAAGGCAUCCCCAGCAGUUAGGACACAAAGUCCUGCAAAGACUAAGACACUGACCAAUUCACCUGCAAUAAAAACUCCAAUCAAGACUCUAAAAGGAACCCCUGCCAAAAAGGUUGCAUCAAAAAGAAAAUCAGGAAAUGUGCCUGCUGUUGCUGAUACCAGUUUUACCGGUGUGUCAGAUUUGUUCAAAACUCCAUCACCCGCAAAGGGGGGAAGAGUUAGUGGUGGUAAAGUCGUAAAGCCAACAACCAAGAAGUCUCCCAUACCCAAAGGAUCGCCAAAACCAGUUACACCAAAAUCUACAAAGAAAGCAGCCAGUCCAAAGGUAUCUACAGCAGUUAAGACACCAAGUCCUGUGGUGAAAAAGACCACCACCACACCCAAAAAAUCUCCAGUAAAAUCAGCUGCCAAGUCUUCAAAGGAGAUCACUCCAAAAAGAGUAUCUACACCAUUGAAGAAAACUCCCUCAAAGAAGUCUGCAAAGAAGACCCCCAGGUCCGCAAAGAAGACCCCCAGGUCCGCAAAGAAGACCCCCAGGUCUGCAAAGAAGACUCCUAUUACCACUCAAGCACCAAAGAACAGAUGGGCUGACAUUGUAAAAAAGGGUGUUGCCAAAAACAAAGUAGAUCUGCCUACAGUUGUACGCUCAUUUCCAUUGAAGCAUAGAGUUGUAGCUGUACACAGAUCUGUAGAAUUACUGAGACGACGAGCCACUCCUGCAAAGGCUAAGCUGCUGUCUGGUGUUAGAACUACUGGCCAUGCUGAUUCUCCGGCCACCAUUGUUAUUGGUAAAAGUAAAAGACGUGUUAACACCCCAAAACCAGUUAAGCGUCCUCGCAAAGGUAGAAAAGAAUCACUAAAAUUGUCGGGAGCUGCAGCUAAUGAAAGUUUUACUGGAAUGGUAGAGAUGUUCAGCACACCUUCACCAAAAGCAAUAAGAACUCCCAAAUCACUGAAGAAAACACCAAAGUAUAAUUUGAAUACGCCACCCAUGACUCCAGUUACUCCGUCAGAAUUGAUGACUCCAGAGGGACCAGGUGAGAUGACUGUGUCUCCAAUGUCCUCUCCUGGAUCUUCAAGUGAAAGCAGAACUCCUACAAGGUUGUUGACACCACUGAAGCCCACUAAAACACCAACUAAAAUGGCAACUACUGUGAAGUCUACACCGAAGAAGACUAUAUACAAAGACGUUGAUAGAAUGAUGUCACCAUUGAAACCUGCCCAAACUCCUACUAAAAUUGGCAAAACAGUAAAAGCAAAGCCAACUCCACGGAAGAGAUCUCUGGAGAGAAUGUCAUCACCAUUGAAACCUACCCAAACUCCUACUAAAGUUGGCAAAACAGUAAAAGCAAAGCCAACUCCACGGAAGAGAUCUCUGGAGAGAAUGUCAUCACCAUUGAAACCUACCCAAACUCCUACUAAAGUUGGCAAAACAGUAAAAGCAAAGCCAACUCCACGGAAGAGAUCUCUGGAGAGAAUGUCAUCACCAUUGAAACCUACCCAAACUCCUACUAAAGUUGGCAAAACAGUAAAAGCAAAGCCAACUCCACGGAAGAGAUCUCUGGAGAGAAUGUCAUCACCAUUGAAACCUACCCAGACUCCUACUAAAGUUGGCAAAACGGUGAAAUCAAAACCAACUCCAGGGAAGAAAUCUGUAGAUAAAAUGAUAUUGCCAUUGAAACUCACUAAGACUCCAACAAACGAAGCCCAGCCAGUAAAAGCAGUUCCAACCCCAAAGAGCGACAUUAAAGUUAGUCGAAAAAGCUUGGGUCUUGCUGGAUUAUCAAGAAUUUUGAAAUCUCCCAGACAAAAGACAAGGGCUGUAGAUGAUUUCAUUGGUGUUGCUAGAAUAAUGAAAUCUCCCAAACAGAAACAACCAUCAGAAGACCUCACGGGUGUAGCAGAUAUGUUUGCUACUCCUAAACAAGGAAAUAAACGCAAAAUGAUGGACUCUGUAUCAUCACCACCUGUAUCCAAAAAAGCCAAGGUUGCCGCAGUUACUCCAGCAACUGCACCCAAUGCUAAUUCACCUGUUCCUGCCAAGUUACUUGAAGCAAGUUCUCCAAAGACUCCGGCAACAAAACCUUCUAAGAAACCCCAAACACCAACACCUGUUAAGUUGGCCAAAUCUCCCAGAGGGACCAAUGUCGUACCAGCUGUGAGCCCAGUGAAGAAAACUGAAACACUAAAAGCAACACCAGCAAAGACUCGCAGAGGUAGACCAGCCAAACUUGGUACAGCAAAGGCAAGCCCAGUGAAGAAACCUGUUGCAGCAAAGGCAAGCCCUGUUGAGAAACCUGAAACGCCAAAGGCAAUACCAGCAAAAACUCGCAGGGGAAGACAAGCCAAACCUGUUAGCCCAAUGAAGAAACCUGUUACAGCAAAGGCAAGUCCUGUUAAGAAACCUGCAACACCAAAGGCAGUGCCAGCAAAAACACGCAGGGGAAGACAAGCCAAAACUGUUACACCAGAGCCAAGCCCUGUUAAGAAACCUGAAACGCCAAAGGCAGUGCCAGCAAAAACACGCAGGGGAAGACCAGCCAAACCGGUUACACCAAAGGCAAGCCCUGUUGAGAAACCUGAAACGCCAAAGGAAACGCCAAAGGCAACGCCAGCAAAAACUCGCAGGGGAAGACCAGCCAAACCGGUUACACCAAAGGCAAGCCCUGUUAAGAAACCUGAAACGUCAAAGGCAACGCCUGCAAAAACACGCAGGGGAAGACCUGCCAAACCGAUUACACCAAAGGCAAGCCCUGUUAAGAAACCUGAAACGCCAAAGGCAACGCCAGCAAAAACACGCAGGGGAAGACCAGCCAAACCGAUUACACCAAAGGCAAGCCCUGUUAAGAAACCUGAAACGCCAAAGGCAACGCCAGCAAAAACUCGCAGGGGAAGACCAGCCAAACCGGUUACACCAAAGGCAAGCCCUGUUAAGAAACCUGAAAUGCCAAAGGCAACGCCAGCAAAAACACGCAGGGGAAGACCAGCCAAACCGAUUACACCAAAGGCAAGCCCUGUUAAGAAACCUGAGACGCCAAAGGAAACGCCAGCAAAAACUCGCAGGGGAAGACAAGCCAAACCGGUUACACCAAAUGCAAGCCCUGUUAAGAAACCUGAAACGGCAAAGGCAACGCCUGCAAAACUCGCAGGGGAAGACAAGCCAACCGAUUACACCAAAGGCAAGCCCUGUUAAGAAACCAGCAACACCAAAGGCAACACCAGCAAAAACUCGCAGGGGAAGACGAGCCAAACCUGUUAGCCCAGUGAAGAAACCUGUUACAGCAAAGGCAAGCCCUGUUAAGAAACUUGCAACACCAAAGGCAACACCAGCAAAAACUCGCAGGGGAAGACAAGCCAAACUUGUAAGCCCUGUGAAGAAACCUGAAACACCAAUAGCAGCCUCAGCAAAAUCUCGCAGAGGAAUCAAAGCUGAACCUACAAAAUCUCCACUUAGCCUCAAGACUGAAACAAAAACUGAUACUAAACGUGCAACUAAAAGAAAUGCUUCAGUUGAUAUUGCUGUACAGCCCAAUAAGACUGCCAAGAAAAAUGAGGUGAAAAAAAGCGUUAGAAAUGCUAAAAGGAGUGCACCUGACAAAGACAUUUCAUCACCUUCUCCAAAGAAAGCUCGCUCAAUUCGGUCCAAGGCAGUCGCAAAAUCUCCAGUUAAGAAACAAUCCACAAAGGUGAAACCUACUCCAAAAAAAGUAGCCAAGUCACCUGCACCGAAAAGGUCGCUUAGGGCACGAAGAAAGUAAACUAUUUUUAAAAAAAUUAUUUAAACCUAUAAAUAAGAGAACUGUAUUCUUUUAAUUUUGACUGCAGUGACUAUUUUAAUUUUUUUUUAAUCUUUUGCCAAGAAAUUUUUUUAUAAACUGAUUGAGUGUCCAUUUCUUGCAGAGGACUUUGUAUUGUUUUACAACUAAUAUUGUCAAGAUGUAUCUUUUUCAGUUGUUUCAUUCAUAUACUCAUUUAUAUAUACACAUCUUAUUCAUUAUAUCCUGUCUUCUUUGAAUCAUAUCAUUCGUUUUAUAAUACUGCCUGUAGAAUGUAUAACCACAUUUCCUAAUAUAGGAAUUUUAAUGUUUUUUUAAUUACUGCCACAUUUAAUUUUUAUUAUUAUUUUUAAUGAGAAUUUCCAAGCAUGCGAGCAAUGGCUCAGGCCAUUCUAUGUUUACUAAGUAAAAAACUAAUUCAUUUUCCUGAACAGUAGUUUAGCGUAACAAUUGUUCCAGUGUCUGUUCAAUUUGACUAGCAAAUGACUGAGAAAAUGGUGCCGCCUUGAAUCUAAUCAUGUCAAUUUCCAGAAAGGGUUGUUUCAUCAAUACAAUUAAUAAAUAAAAACAAAACACAUUUAAUCUGUUUUGUUUUUCACUGAGAGACUUCUAUGAACUGAGUUUAAAAUCAGCUUAUUGUGUAUGUCUUGAGUGUUACAAUUAUUGUAGAGUUUUUAGACAAUUUACAAGUGUAUUGUAUCUUGUAAACAAUUUUGUAGGAACAAGUCUUGUGAUUUUAGCUGAAUAUUGUAAUGAUACUUUUACUCUUUGUACAUGUCUUUGUUGUAGCUUUUACUUCCUGCAAAUGAUUGUAUUGAUUGGUUUUUAGAAAACCUAACAUUUAUUAAUAGAUUAUUGUCCUAGGCAGGAAAGGUGUUGAAAAUACAUAACUAUUACAA